UUCUUCCACCUCGUCUGACGUCACCACGGCAGGCCAUGGAUGUGGAAAACGCUUGUAACCACGGCGACACGGCGUCCCUCUGUUGGCAACGGGAAGUGCCGGAUGCGGGCCUUCCCGCCGGCCGCCCGCCGUACAGCAUCCCGAGCCACGACGAGCCAGAAGACGUCCUCCGCGCCGUGACCCCCAACGAGGUGUUUGGCGGUGCCGGGCCACCGUUGGGAAGCAAGGGCCCCAUCGCCCCGGCCACCGUGUACCAGCUGGUGUACGACCUUGGCGCCGAGGAGGCGGAGCCAGCGGACCCAGACGUCAUCGCCAUCCAACUGGAGCCGUGGAGCUUGCAUCACUGCAUCGUCGGCCAGCUGCCGCUUGGACUGGAGCGUACGGACACGGCCGCUGACCACGGGGCGAGCGGCACUCUGCAUCUGACGGCCGAAGAACAGAAACUGCUGAGUCAGGAAGGCAUGCCGUUGCCGGACAAGCUUCCUCUCACCAAGGCGGAGGAACGCGUCCUAAAGAAAGUCCGGAGGAAAAUCCGCAACAAGCGGUCGGCGCAGGACAGUCGGCGACGCAGGAAGGAGUACAUGGAUGGCCUUGAGGACAGGGCGGCCCUGUGCUCAGCUCAGAACAAAGAUUUGCAUAAGAAAGUGGAGCAAUUGGAGAAACACAACAUGUCUCUGCUGACUCAGCUGCGCCACCUUCAGUCACUGGUCACACACUCAGUGAGCAAAGGAGUUCAGACCAGCACCUGCCUACUGAUCAUCUUCAUCUCGCUGACUUUGAUCAUGCUGCCCACUUUGAGCCCGUUCAGCCGCUGCCCGUCUGCAGACAACUCCCAGCCCACCAGAGUCCUUUCCAGAAGCAUCUUGACCGAUUUUACCUCUUCGCUGUCCGACGAGAUGGUCCAGGCGGCCGCGCCAGGUGGCGGCCAAUCGGGGGUGGAUGUAGAUGAAGCCAAGCAGAACCUCGAAGGCAUCCCGUCAAAUGACACCCCUUCUGGAAAUAUUUUGGCAGAGGCGUCAGCUCGACUUGGCAAGCCGCCGCGUGCCGAUGAGAUGUAGAUGCGCCGCAAAAGAGAUCCCGCCCCUGACCUCGUUUGGCCACGGCACUCUGCGUCGGCCUAGAGGCUCGAGUACAGCGCUCGUCUGCUCAGUGGCCUCUGCUUUCUCCUUCUUAUCGUUCAGUCAUGUUUUGAUGGCGGAUUAAAUGGACAAAUUGUAACCGUGGCAAAAAGACUCAAACCAAAUGGCGCCACUUCCUCGCUGAUCGUCAGAAGAUUGUCAGGCUAGAACAGGUAUGGGCAAACUACGGCCCGCGGGCCACAUCCGGCCCGCCAACCCUGAAUAAAUUGUAUUAAACAUUUUUUUUGGUCAUUUUGCCUGCAAUGACUGCGUUUCCCCAGUAGAUGGGGAACCGCUCGCCUGCCCAUUUACGACCGGAAGCCGUGUCAGAAAGCUGUGCGUGUACGUACUCAGUAGUACGGACAUGGCGCACUCGCGCUCUAUUUGUAUCAGUGCCGAAUUUAGAGCGUGGGCUGUGACGACUGCAUUCUCGUAAUUCGCGCGCUGAGCUUUCAGAUACCGUUUUACGCUAAAGCCACCCACAAACCUUCCCCUGGAAUCCUUCCAUUAAUAUGAGUUGCCCAAGGAAAAGCAAGGCGGACACUGAGUGCCGAGUGUUUAAAAAAAGAGUGGCCAAUUUGGCUCGACGUACGCGACGUGACGUUCAGCCACAUGAACAUGGAUAUUCAACCCGUCACAGAUCUAGGUAAACGGACCAACACCGCCGAUCUCUCCUAAGAAUUGCCACAACAAAUUUUAUUCCAGACUAUGACGCACGAGCAAAAAAAGUGAGACCAACAACACUGUUCCCACUGAAAAUGAAAGGGAGGCUCUCAAGUUUGUUGUUAGAAAAUGCAUUUUGAAUAUGAUUUGUACAAAUAGCAGGGAUUGAAACUAGCGACCAUUCUCAUUUUCAAAAAUUGCAGGAUGCUCAAGGACAUUGAUGCACCACCUAUUUGCGACUAAUCUUAAGGCUUACUUUAAGAAAGUGUUUCCCGUUUUCUCACCGUGUUGCCGUUUUGAUUACUUUAUUUGGAUGUAUGCUUUCACCAAUUCUUCAAUAUAUAUUUGGUCAGAAUGUUUGCCGUUUGAUGUGAUCUCAUAAGAUAAACAUCUUUCAUUAAUCGGUCCUGCAGGCACUGAAGUGAUGGAGACUGUUAUUCAUAAUAACAGUGUCUUAUUUUACGAGAAUCACUGAUAGCAGUUUUUUAGUAAUUUUUUUUCUUCUAAUGCUGUUAAUAAAUGCAUUUGUUUUCAAAAAA